UGAGGUACAGCUCUGAGCUUGUGGGCAAUUGAUGCUCUUGUCUCAUCCUAGCUUGCCCAAAAUAGGCUCCACAGGAAUUCUCUUUGCCCUGGACCUGUAUUAAGACUGACUCAUUCAGCUUGAUAAGAUAAACAUGGAGCUUGAAUAGUCAGGUACCUGUGCUGGGAACUACCUUUUGAGGGCUCUUCAAUCUAGCAAAUAAAGGUGUAGCUGGAUGUAGUGGUUGAGAGCUGAAACUAGACAGACAAGUUUGGUGCUUGCUCUUAGCCAUUAAAGCAACAUAAAGCUCAGCAGCUUUCAGGACCUGUUCUUACUGCAUUUCCCACAGCUGGAGCCUUGAGUGGCUCUCAAGGAUGCUGUAGUUCCUGAUACACUUUUCUGGCCUCUGCUGUGUGCCUGGAGAUUGGAUAACCUUGGCACUGCCCAGGACCUUUAAGUAUUAUUUGCAUCACAGUGAUAUUACAAAUACUGCCACCACCAUGGAGGGGAUUGUGACCAUGUAUCAGGACUUCAUGAAGAAGGCAGACCCCCGCAUCGCUGACUACCCGCUGAUGCAGUCCCCGUUCCUUGUGCUGGGCAUCCUGCUGGCCUAUGUCUACUUUGUUCUCUCCUUGGGGCCCCGGAUAAUGGCCAACAGGAAGCCUUUAAACCUGAAGAAGUUCAUGGUGCUAUACAACUUCUUUCUAGUGGGACUCUCACUUUACAUAGUCUAUGAGUUCCUGAUGGCAGGGUGGCUUACUGGGUACACCUGGCGAUGUGACCCUGUGGACUUCUCACAGGACCCCAAGGCCCUCAGGAUGGUCAGUGUUGCUUGGCUCUUUGUCUUCUCCAAGUUCAUCGAACUGACAGACACGGUAAUCUUUGUCCUGAGGAAGAAGAAUGAACAGGUCACAUUUCUGCACCUCUUCCACCACUCUGUUCUGCCUUGGAGCUGGUGGUGGGGAGCAAAGUUCGGUCCAGGAGGAAUGGGCUCAUUCCAUGCCAUGAUCAAUUCCAUGGUGCAUGUUGUCAUGUACUUUUACUAUGGACUCUCAGCUGCAGGACCAGCCUUUCAGAAGUACCUGUGGUGGAAGAAACACAUCACAGCAAUCCAGCUGGCACAGUUUGUGAUUGUCUCCGUCCACAUCUCUCAGUAUUACUUCAUGCCCAGCUGCCAGUACCAGUUCCCCAUCUUCAUCCACCUCAUCUGGAUCUAUGGGACCAUCUUCUUCAUCCUGUUCUCCAACUUUUGGUACCAGUCCUACACCAAGGGCAAACGGUUGCCCAGAGUGGCUCAGCAAGCAGCACAGCACAACGGGAGCAGUAUCCAUGAGAAUGGCACUGUCACCAAUGGCAAGGUCAAAGCCAACUAGAGGGCAAGGCCCUCCCAGAGCCAAUGAGAGCCCAGGGGCAGAGGCAGCUGGGACCUGUUCCCCUGCUCCUGGGUGUCACUUAGCCAAGUCAAGUGCCUACAGACUGUUGUACCCCUGUGCCAAGCCCUGCUGUCCUGUCUGCAUGCUCAGCCCCUCUGCUCUGAGCAGCCAUGGGUAACUUCUCCCAGGAGGGCUUGUGCUGUUUCUCACUGUUGCUGAGCAGAGGCAGCUGCCUGCAUCACAGCUGUGGGUCUGCAGUCCCAUUCCAGUGUUUCCAAAGGAACUUCCCCCAAGUGCCUACAUCUGGCCCUUCUGCCUGGAGGCCAUUUCCUUCUGAGUAGGACCAAAAAAGAAGAUAAUGAUUCCUGUCCUGGUGCCCUCUCCUCCUCCCUGUCUCAUCAGUCUUCAGGGAUGAGCAGACUUGUCCCUGGCUGCUUGCUGCUGCCAGCUCAAGUGUGAGUGCUCCUGCUCUACCAUGCCUUGUGCCACUUUGUGCCAUGCCACAGUGCUGCAUGCCCCUUCUGGUUCUUGUGCACCCAGGUGGGAGUUUUUGCCCUGGCAUAGCUGUGCUCAGGUGUGGCUGUGGAGAAGGUAGGGGCAGUGAGUGUGGGACUUGAGGGCCCCGACCUGCCUAGUACAGUACAUCACACCCUGUGCCUAGCAGGAGCUGUGGAAGCCUGAAAUGCCUUCCCCAUGCAACAAGCCCAGGUUGCUUUGCCUUCCUGUGCCUGAGCUGGGUGCUCACUGUGUGCUUUAGCCACACUUAGCUGAUCCUGUAGGGCAGCUGGUGUCUUGUUCCAGAGUUGGAGGCUGAACUUAGCCUUGUCUUGGACCACUUCUGUUCCUGCAAACUCAAGACUUGAGCAAUAAUUGCUGCUAGAAUCAUCUCCUGGGCUUUCCUGCUUGAGACCAGACCUGCUCUAGCCCAGCAUGAGCACAGCAGGGGAUGGUUGUAGCAUGCCCUGCUGUGGUGUGUAGCAGCAAGCACCUCUUGCCUCUGGAUCUGCGUGGGCCUGGGUGAAGAUGAACAGCAGGGCAGUGCAGCAGCUCUGCUGGGCCUGGUGCCCAUUGCUCACUCUGGCUCUAACCAAAACAUUACUGAUGGCCUUGAGGAGGUGAAGGAGCCAGGCCCUGUCAGAUUGGGCUGCUCUUCUAUCACAAAUAAACAGACAGAAGGAGAAAUGUCUCUGCCCUCUUCUUU